UUGAUGAUCCGGAUCCAAAGCUGGGAUCCCAGAGAGCUGCUGAGUCUCCAGCAAGGACGGACGGACCUGGUCAUCCCGGCCCGGGCCGGAGGCACAGGUACUGCGCCCGCGCGGGACCAGACGGGGCGACCCGAGGCCAGUGUCUGAGAUUUAGGACCGGGGCCUGAGAUCUGAGGGCCUCAUGGGGACCGAGACUGUCACCUGUCGGAUAGUGGCUUUCCUAAGAGAUUUCACCUGGCAUCAUUGUUCUUCAGCCUGGUGACGAUGCCAGCCUGAACCUGGGUUCCAGACAUGGAGUUUCUGCCAGACGCCCAGGACCCCCUAGGGCUCCCAGCCAUGGACUUGGAGGAGCCCAAAGGCCCCAAGGUGCCCCCUGAGGACCACCCCUCCAGUACCCAGUGGGCCUCGGGACCUGGAGGACCUGCCUCCCUGAGCGAGAUGGAGCUGGAUGCAUCUGGUGUGCAGGUGCUGGUCCAGCAGCUGGAAGCUCUGCCUGGUGACUUGGGUGGCCCGUUCCCAGAUGGAGAGCCUUGUCCCCUGCACAUUGCCACUGGCCAAGGCCUGGCCACCCAGGACAGCACAGACUCUGGUGGGCUCUUGUCCGCCGACGCGGGCGGGGAUGACCUUCUGGGUCUGCUGAGGUGUGAGACAUCUCUGCCUGCCCAACCGGGACCCCCAGAUCCUCCACAGACCACACCCCGUUUGCUGCAGCCGCCUGAAGAGCCAGAGGGGGACCCAGGAUCCCCAGGGUGGAUGGAGGGGGUGUCGGCAGAGCCAGCAGACAGCAGGAGUUCCAGCAGCUCCCCAGAGCCCUGGCUAGAGACAGUGCCCCUGGUGACACAGCAGGAGCCACUUCUGGGUGCUCAGAGCCCUGAGACCCUGGCCUCAUGCCCUGCUGUCUCAGAGGUUCCAGGUCCCUGUGGACACGAGGAGCUCGUGGACGGUGUCAUCUUCACUGCAAAAUAUCUGGGCUCCACCCAGCUGCUGUCAGAGCGCAGCCCGCCGCCCAGCACGCGCAUGGCGCAGGCGCAGGAGGCUGUGGACCGCGUCAAGGCCCCCGAAGGUGAGACUCAACCGAUGGCAGAGGUGGACAUCUUUAUCUCCACCAAGAGGGUCAAGGUGCUGGCCGCCGACUCACAGGACGCCCUGAUGGACCACGCCCUGCAGACCAUCUCCUACAUUGCAGACAUCGGGCCUGUGCUGGUCGUGAUGGCCCGGAGACGGAUGGCCAGGAGGACCACUCCCCAGGACCGCGGUCGGCGUCUCUACAAGAUGCUGUGCCAUGUCUUCCAUUCGGAGGAUGCCCAGUUUAUCGCCCAGGCCAUCGGCCAGGCCUUCAGCAUCGCCUACAGCCAGUUUCUGCAGGAGAAUGGGAUCGACCCCAGCCAAGUGGGCACGCGGCCCUCGGAUGCUGCCAGCCACCCGCACAACGGCGACCUGGACCACUUCUGCAACAGCCAGAACUGCAGGGAGGUCUGUAUCCAGAAGAGGCCUGGAGAGGCCCUGGGCGUCGCCCUGGUUGAGUCCGGCUGGGGCUCGCUGCUGCCCACCGCUGUCAUCGCCAACCUGCUUCACGGGGGCCCUGCCGAGCGCUCGGGGGCCCUCAGCAUCGGGGACCGUGUCACCGCCAUCAACGGGACCAGCCUGGUGGGGCUGUCCCUGGCCGCCUGCCAGGCCGCCGUGCGUGACGUGAGGCGACACUCGUCAGUGACACUGAAUAUCAUCCACUGCCCUCCGGUCACCACGGCCGUCAUCCGGCGGCCCCAUGUGCGCGAGCAACUGGGCUUCUGCGUGGAGGACGGCAUCAUCUGCAGUCUGCUGCGUGGGGGUGCGGCCGAGCGCGGGGGUGUCCGCGUGGGACACCGCAUCAUCGAGGUCAACGGGCAGAGCGUGGUGGCCAUGCCCCACGCGCGCAUCAUCCAGCUGCUCACCGAGGCGCGGGAGAUUCACAUCAAGACGAUGCCAGCUGCCACCUACCGGCUGCUCACGGGGCAGGAACAGCCGGUGUACCUGUGAUCGCCCUGCCCACGCGUGCCUUCGUCCCGGCCACCACCUCUAUCAGCCCACGGGGACCCCAGAAUCCUCAGCCUUAUAUUACUUUCUAAUGUUAAAGAAAAUUAAAGGUUUA